AGGCGAGGACAGUCUAAAGAAGAUGCAACUGAUGGAACUGGCCAUUCUUAACGGCACCUACAGAGACGCCAAUAUCAAAUCACCUUCCCUUGCAUUCUCUCUUGCAGCGAGCGCACAGGCACCACGGAUCAUCACCGGCCCAGCACCUGUCCUGCCGCCCACAGUCUUGCGCACGCCUACGCCCGCAGGGCACACCAUCAUGCCCCUCAUCCGCCAGAUCCAGACCGUCAUGCCCAACGGCUCGGCCCACCCAGCAGCUGCUACCCUAGUGCAGCCUGGUCCGGAGUCGGGCUUGAUUUACGCGACGCCCUAUGAGUACCCCUACACACUGGCCCCCGCCACCUCCAUUCUGGAGUAUCCUAUCGACUCCAGCGGGGUUUUAGCAGGUGCAGUGACAACUAAAGUUCGAAGACACGAAAUGCGUGUCCAUCCUUACCAAAGGGUAGUGACCGCAGACAGAGCCACCACUGGCAACUAACCCCUGACCUUCUGACCUCUCCACCCAAUGACGACCUGCCCAUUACCUGCCUGCAGAUCACACCUCUGCCCUAAAAUGAAUGAAUGAAAGACAAAAAGAGUAUCUAAGAGCUGUCACAGGCAGUGGAUAUACAGCUUCCCUAAACCUCGCUCGUUGGACGUGGGCGGCAGAUGCCCGGACGUUCCUGCCGCUGUAGAUCUGCACUCUUUGUAAGCAAUAAGCAAUAAUGAUUUGCCCCGCACCCUCUAAAUCAAAGCCAGACCUCCCAGGUUGCUGUGCAAAAGCCUCCAGCUCAACGACGACACUGUUGAGGAAACGGACUGCCCUUCAUCGCACCCCAACCCGUCGCUAGAGUAAUGCUGCAGUUACGGUAAUGAGUCUGAAUGUAAUGCAUGAUGGUGUGGAUGAUGCACCUCUCGCACUACGACCGCGGCUCGUCACGUGUCACGACGGGCCAUUUGAGAAGCAUUUCAGCUGAAAAUACAUUAAAAAGAAGAGUACUUCCCUUCUGGAACAAUCCGACACUUUUCUGUGAACAAGCCUCUCUGAGGAUGUAUAAGCCAUGCUUGCCUAUCUGCUGUACAAAUGUAUGAAAUUUGUAGAUAAAUGUUCAAAGUGUGAUGAAAGAAAACAUGUACAGGAACAACACUUUUAUUAUCCUCCAGAGAACAUAUAUUUUUACAACUCGCUAUUUUAUAUUGUCGAAUAUUGUGAAGAGAACAGAAAAAAACCGAACCCUUUAUGAAGUGAAAACAAUCCAGUUUUCUGUAAUUGGAUGUAGACGUGGAUGACCAAAACAACCCUUUCGUAGAACCGAUGGGGUUGAGAGGGAAAUAUCAUUCAAGUGCCUUUGCCUUAUCAUAGUUCUCAUGUUCAAUAUGAAUGGCAUCAUGAGUGGCGAAUGAGCAGACCAGGACUACAUUUCCCAAAAGCAUCGUAAGUCUACGUAGAUCUGCAUAGGCUUACGAUGGAUUUGGGAAAUGUAGUGCAGGUCAGUACACACAGCUUUCCCUUCAGGAACCACAUAAGUGACGUAUCACUUGUUUCGGGUGGAGCAGCUCAACGCUCCAUCCCAGUAUUACACAGCGAUCAAAUCAAGGCCUUUCACACCACACGAUUACUGUCAAACCGACGCCAGGAGUCAAGGUCUAUUUGUUGCCUUCAUCCUUCAGAAUUGUGGGUAUUUUGCUCACAGUACUUGAAUUAAUUUGCACUUUAUGUUGACGUUUAGUGCAUUGUAAUAUCAGUAUGGUAUUACAGAUGGUAUAUAGGAUA